UAUAUAUAUAUACACACACACACACACAUACAUGUAUCUCCAUAGUCACAAGGGAGAGCAUUGCAUUUUUUGCGCCUCGUACAUUUAACUCUGUGGAAGGGGAAGCAAUCAAACGAAGGGGAAGUUGCACCCACCACCUGCAGUAGAGCAGCGCGCGCGGUUAGAAACAGUUGAACGUUUGCGCACGGCCUAACGUUGUUUUACUUCUUUCACCGGUCGAAUGGGAAAAAAAAGAAACUAUUCUAAAAAGGAAGACUUUACAAAAGUCUCAUCGAAUUAGAAAUUAUUUAGAUACAUGGAAUCGCGAACGCAACUAUAUUCGUCGAUAAAAUAGAAUGCGAUAACGGACUGAUAAAUAACGAUUACAAACGAUUGUUCUCUUACGUUACGUCGGACGAAUGACGUCACAGAAAGGAUGACCGCGUGGGUGUCUCGCGAAUCGUCUCGACUCUCCGACGGGGCUAAAUUCUCAAAUGCAUUUGAUUCGUAGUAAAUGCGCAUAAUAAGGGAUUUGGAAGGAAAUAAAGAACGAGAGAGUAUAAGUUCUUCGAUUAAUCGGUGUCAAAGAGAAAGAAAGAAAGAAAGAAAAACAGAGAGAGAGGCGAGAGGGAGAGAGAGAAGAGCCGAGCAGUAAUAGUAGUAACACAAAGUACUAUAUUUCAUCCACGAAUCGAUAAUUCGAAUUGGCAGAACGGGUUACGAUAUUAAGAUCCGUCGGCCGAUUCCUAAAAAUAUCAACGAGCGUUACGUCGGGUAAGAUUCGAUAGCCUUAUCCACAUCCCUUUUCCCUUCUCUUUGCUGUUCUCUUACCUUCUCCCUCUCCCCCCUCCUCUCUCUUCUAAUUCCCCUCCUCCUCCUCCUCCUCCACCUCCUACAAGAAUUCUCUGUCGUAUCCACUCGAGAGUGACACGGUAGAGUUCGCUCGAGGAGGAACCCACCCCUGAUUCUCGUUUCCCAACCGGCCUCCUCUCCCUCUUGCCCUCGCCCUCGCCCUCACGCGGCCGGCCGUGUGCGAGCUGGCGGUGUGCGAUCGUCUCGCGAUACCAACGAAUAUCGCGAUAUUGACGAGGACGACGAGGACCGAGAGGAGGACGACAACUACGACGUUCUCUAACAUAGACGAUUGACAACAUGUGUGACAUCGCAAACGAAAACGAGAGAAUGAGAUAUCGGCACGGUCGUGCCUCGAUACACCGAAGAAAAUGGCCCUUGCGAUUGGCACUGUUUCUCGUCUAUGUUCUCGUGCAAUUUGUGGGCUCCUCGAAGUUACCAAUCACAUACUCACCCUCCUACUCGUCCUCAACAGAGUACGAGGAAAGUUCGACGUUGGAAUCGACCGUAUCUUCUUACUAUCCAACAUCGACCGAAUUCGAAUUAACGUCCUCGAUGAUGCAAACUUCGGUACCAGUGUCAAUUUCUGGUGAACAUCCAUCGAGAAAUACGAAGGAAUCGAAGAAUCCUGCAAAGGAGAGAAACAAGAGCGAGAAAAAUAAUGAAAAAACGAAUACGAAGUCGAGGAUUCGUGAACAAACGAAGGAAGAAUCUAAAGAAAAGGAAACAGAAAAAGAAGCCAAGGCGGCCGUUGGUGCAGCAGCAGGUGCAGCAGCGGGUGCAGCAGCGGGUGCAGCUGCAGCUGCGACCAAAACAAUUCCAAUCACUACCGCUACUAUUCCCACGAUACGAACAACAACUGCUGAAUACGUUCAUCCUACAUGGAGACCAAGAAGAGAAAAUUGUUCACCACCUGCUAUCGAACAGUUCCCACGUCCUUUGAUGGGCCCUGAAGCAAGAAAACAUGGCGGACUUAUCAUACACGUUCUCGUUGCCGUCUACACGUUUCUAGGCUUGGCAAUUGUCUGUGAUGAUUAUUUCGUUUCUAGCCUUGACAGAAUUUGCGAAGAGUUAAGGUUAUCGCCAGAUGUAGCAGGAGCAACUUUCAUGGCUGCUGGAUCUUCAGCACCAGAAUUGGCUACAGUCGUCAUUGGCGUUUUCUUCGCUAAGGAUGACAUUGGAGUCAGUGGAGUCAUCGGUAGCGCCGUUUUCAAUAUAAUGUUCGUUAUAUCGGUAUGCGGUCUUUGUACAACGACCGUUUCCAAAUUGAACUGGUGGCCUCUUGUACGAGAUUGUUUCUUCUAUGCUGUUUCUAUUCUCGUUAUGCUUGGUACGAUCUACAAUGAAACCAUAUCCUGGAUGGAGUCACUCUUCAUGUUGGUCAUGUAUGCGGUAUAUUGCAUAGCUCUCUCGUUUAACGAAAGACUCGAGCGAUGGGCGAAGUCGUACAAUAUUCCGUUCUUACCCAAGGACGACGAGCCAGCCGAAGAAAGCGCUUUGGUUAGUUAUAGAUCCUUGCAAGAAGAUCGAUUAUCUUACACGGGGCCUAAUUCACCUGUUACCGAACAAGCUGCACAAAUAAAAACUCAGGAAGGAAAUGGUGUUCAAGAAACCGGUGAACAACCACCAGCUCCAAAACCAGCACCCCAAUAUUACAAAGCAAAAGAACCUGAUCCAAACGAGGUAUCGCCACUCGUAAUGCCUACAGAUGGAAGUAAAUGGAAUCUUUUCACAUGGGGUCUCGUGUAUCCUAUUCACUUUAUGUGUCGAGCCACUAUGCCAGAUUGUAGGCAAGAAAGGUUUCGAAGUUGGUAUCCUUUCACCUUUUGCGUGUCCAUGGUGUGGAUAAGUUUCUAUAGCUACAUCAUGGUCUGGAUGAUCACUAUUAUAGGUAGUACACUUGGUAUUCCUGACACAGUGAUGGGUCUAACCUUCGUCGCAGCUGGAGUUAGCGUACCAGACGCUCUUUCUUCUUUAGCUGUGAUAAAAGAAGGCCUUGGUGACAUGGCUGUGAGCAAUGCCGUUGGUAGUAAUGUCUUCGAUAUUCUUGUAUGUUUGGGUUUACCGUGGUUCAUACAAACAGCGAUGAUACAACCGGGUUCUCACGUCAAUGUUACUAGCAGAGGCCUAACAUAUUCAACUGUCUCGUUACUCUCAACGGUAAUAUUCUUGGUAGUUGCAACACAUAUGAACGGAUGGAAGUUGGAUCGACGAUAUGGUGUAGUAUUGAUGGCAUGGUACUUAAUAUUCAUCAUCUUCGCGUCACUCUACGAGCUCAAUGUCUUCGGAGAGAUGAAUCCACCAGUAUGCCCGAGCUUCUUUUAAAUGAAAAAAAGGAAGAGAAAAAGAACAAAUAUAGCCAUGAAGUGGAAGGAGACGCACCAUUGAACCUUGCCCUGGAAUUGAUGCGCGAUAAUCCUUCGAAAUAGCCGCUUGCGACCGAUUAACUAUUCAGGCAAGGGCAAAGCUAAUCUGUCGAAGAGAAGAGCAAGAAAAAAGGGAAUAUUAAAACAAAACAAAAAAGAAUUAGAAAAAAAGAGAAAAGAAAAGAAAGGGCAACGACGUCAAAAAGAAAAGAUAGAGGAGCAACAGAAUUAAUCAAUAACGUCGUUUAUAUCUACUUUUUUUUCAACUAAACGUUCAAAAUAGUACGAAAGCAUGAAAGUAGUAGAAGACGAAGACACGCUGUAAUAUUACCGAGCCCUGCACGAAGGAUAGCGAGUUUUUUUUUGGUGCUACAUACGUUAUAUAUUAUAAAAAUAUCUCGAAUAGUAUAUUGCUGACACUAGUCGUUUGUACAGCUCGUGACUCGUAUAGUUCCCUUCAGAAUCGGGAAAAUUCUUCCAACGAUCGAUCGAUCGAUCGAGAACGAUCUUCUCGAGAUAAAUUUUGUAGUCGAGCGAUCAUCAUACAGCCGAUAGCUUCCAUUUGAAUAUUAAAUCUGAAUUCGACGACAUCGAAUAAAGGCCUAAAGCCAAUAAUCACUCGAAUCUUCCUCGUCGCUUUUUUUGGCGUCGGGUUGAACCGAGAAGACAAUACAAUUAUCAGUAUUAAGACGCACUUGUUAUUCGACGAGCAUAGAAAAGCAACGGCAGGUGGUCGGGCGACGAAUCGAUCGUACGAUUUGCUUCGUUUUUUCCUAACGAGCACAACGACAAUGCCAUAAAGAAUCUAUACUGGCACUUGAAAAGAAAGAAAUCCUUCUCGAAACGAUUGAUUGAUUCGUGUACGUACGAUAACGUACACGUAUUAUGUAAUUAAUAUGUAUUAAUUUAUUUAUUUAAGGAUCCUCGUGUCAGCCAUAUAGAACUCUCUUAGAUACUCGUAAGAAUACGUUAUUAUACUCUUAUUGUCAGAUUCUAUAAUAGUUAUAAUUAUUGUUAUAUUAUACUUAUCGUAAUCACGUUUUCAUCGAAAGGAACGCAUCAUCAAAAAAGAUAAUGAUCUUCAAAUCGUAUUCCGAGAAAACGGGUUUCUUCGUGUCUCAACAAAUAUCUCUUCCUUUGACGAUUUUAAUCGUUUCACGAGACGACGGAUGCGAGUGUUUUGUCGCGUUCCUGCGUUCGCCAUUUAUUCGCAUUAUCGUUCGGUUUUCCCUAAUUUCAUCGAGUUAACAUCGAUGAAGUCUUAACCUCGUUAAUAACUCUAGUUCAGAUUGGUUUCAUUAAUCGCUCGUCCGUCCGUUGUUCUGAAAAACUUAAGACACCCUGUAUCUGACAUUCGACAAUGAAAGGCUAAGAUUCGCGAGAUCAAAGGAAAUACCUUGUUAAUGCGAGCACGUGAUAUAAAUCAUUAUAAUUUGUCAUCAUUUUUUACUUUAUUCUGCUGUUCUUUUCUUGGUUUUUUUUCUUUGGAUUUAAUAGAAUAAUUUUUACCGAACAGAUCGAACUGUGGUCAAAUCUUUUCUGCUCGAAGGUACUUUAUGGAAUUGCCAUUGAAAGGUAGUAAAAAAUUAAAAAAAAGCAAACAAAUAAAAAAAUCAUUUAGAGUAAAUAUAUUUCGACGAUCGCGAUGGAAGGAAAAAAAGGGGAAGUACGAGCGCGGGAGGGCGUAUAAACGAUUAAAAAAAGACAAUAAUUAACGCAGCCUUAUCCGAUGAAAGUAUCUACAAGUCUCCUAAAAGGAGAAAAAAAGAAAAGAGAGAAUAAUAAAAUAAGAAAGAAAAGAGGAGUAAAAAUACCUGCGCGUUCCUUGAGAUACCAAAUUCGGACGGACUCGAUGUGUUCUCGAUUUCGAAAGUUGUUAUUAUAUUUCGAAAAUUGAAUUAUAGAGAAAAAUUAAAAAGAAGAAAUUAAAAAAAGAAAAGAAAAGAAAUUUGGAAUCUCGUGCGGAAAUAAUCGAUAUGGCUCCGUUUUCGGGAUCCUUUGAUCUUUCGAUCUCAACGCGCAGGGUGGCAGAGUCCUUUCCGAAAGAAAGUAAAUGCGUCUUUAAAAAAUAAUAAUAAUAAUAAACCGAGCCAAAAAGGAUUAAAGUGCAAAAUUACAUGAAUUAUUAAAGAAUUAUAUAAAUGCAAAUUUACAUGAAUUAUUAAAGAACAGGAACUCCGACACAUUCCGCCUCCGUCGCUUGGUAAAGUUAUUAAUUAAGAAAAAAGAUAAAAAGAAAUAAGAAAAACGGGAAAGUAAUUUAUCAACGAAAUACUUUUUAGAGUUUUGUGAUAAUAAUAUUAUUAUCAUAAUACGAUCGAUUCGUUCGACCCUACGGACAUGCGACCCUGUAUGCAAUUGUUGUGAAAAAAUAAAAAAAAAAAGAAUUCGAUUACUUUAAAGCGAAAGAUUUUGAACUCUUGAAAGAGAUAUAAGUAAGAAAAAAUGAGAAACAAAAAUGAAAAUGAAAAAAAAAAGAAGAAUAAUCGGGUAACCCGUGCGAUCUAAGUGAUCGCAAGGAUCGCGCAGACAUUUUAGAAUUUAUAAUAUACCCACACACGCGCUCGUGCGCGCGCGCAUAUACACACAUACACAUACACAUAGCGCAUAAAAUUAAAGUCUUGCGGAAAAGAAAGGACUUAGACCGUAUGACUAUAUUAAUUAUUAUGAUUAUUAUUAUAUUCUUAUUCUUCUUCUUAUAAUUAUUAACACCAUUAUUACUAUAAACAUUCGACGUGUUUGUUCGCCACUUUUAUUCGUUAUUGUUAGUGUUUUAGGCGAGUGUAUAUUAUAACAAACGUUAUACAUAUACAUAUAUAUAUAUAUAUAUAUAUAUAUAUAUAUGUAUAUGUAUAUACGUAUCUGCGUGGAGACGUUCGAUCGUGCCGGAAAAGAAAAGAAAAGAAGUGCAUCAAUCCGUGUCAAUUAGAUUUUCAAAAGCAAUCUAUUUACGACCCUUUCUCUCUCUCUCUCUUUGUCUCUUUUCUCUUCGAUCUCAAGCAAAACAUUAAGCCUUCCUCCGCAUCCUCGUCAAGAGAAUCUUCCUUCCUAGUUCGACAUAGUGAAAUUUCAAUAAGGAAAAAGAAAAAGGAACAUGCGAAAAAACUUGAAAUUUCCGAAAAAUCGGACGAACGUCUCACCGCAUUGCUUCCGAUGUUUUAGGGAAGCGCCGCUCGGAAGUCAAGGCGCUCAUUUGUUAGAUAUUUAAAAUAUUAUACGCGGACCAGUCAGUCUCUCGAUGUGUUUCGUAGAGCGUAUAAAUCAACGAAUCGCGAAUUGUGAGAAGAGAAAAAAAAUAAAAAAGAAAGAACGAAGAAAGGAAAGCUCAUCGAGAGCCAAUCGUUUCGCAAUCGUCGUUACGCGGUAUCAACGAAGAAGAAAAAUUAAAAACAAUUUAUUAAGCUUUUAAGUCAAUCCUAUUCAGAUCUUUUUUCUGUAUAUAUACGUAUACACAAAUAUAUAUAUAUACACUCAAACAAAUUGUUAUAUAUAUAUAUACACACACAUACGUAUAAAUGUGCAGACAAUUCCUCUCGAUCGUUUAUCAAUCGAUUUGUAUGGAAAUCGGUAAGCAUUUAGAAAGUCAAUUCGAAAUAAUUAUUACGAUCAUUAUCAUUAUCGUUAAUAGUUGUAGCGAUAGUAAAUACUAUUCGUAGUAAUUAUAAUACAUACAGCAAAAGAAGAGAAAAUGAAAAGAAAGAAGAUCGUUCAAUCACAACGAACAUACAUCGGUUCUGAUGAUGUAGUCGUUUGGAAAAAUGGCGCCACUUAAGAUUUCUAAUUUUGGUGAAAUAGCACUAGAUGAUAUGCGAAUUAUAGAAAUUCGAUAAAGUCUUUCCGAUCAAUUUCGUUACUCUUUAAUCCAAAGGUCGGCAACUUAUUCAUUAAAAAGUGCACCCUAAAUAGCUAAUUUAUGACAUAGGACACUUUACUUUCUAUAUUUCUUUUUUCUUAACAACCGGUAGCGGUAUAUAUAUUGUUUAGAUUAAAAUUUAAUAAAUAAAAAACAAUACGUCCAUUCGAUAUUUAAUUACAUUAAUAAUAACAAUUAAUUAAUAAUAUUAAUUUAAUGAUAAUAAAUAGAAGUUAAAGAUUUUAGCAUUACAUUUCAUAGAUUUUUUAAAAAGCACGUUGAUUAGUCAUAUAUAUACGCAACUGUCUUUUAAAACUAUUUUAAAAACUAUUCACAGCUAGAUCCCAUGAGCCUCUUGUUGCCGACCUCUGCUUUAAUUAUUCCUCUUCAAAGUAUCUUCUAUACUGACACGUAGAAUUAAUCAAGAGAAAAAUAGAACGCGAGAAGAUAGUAUGACAUAACCAACCUAUCGAUGGUUUUAGAUAUUAAAACGUUUUUAGACGAGAAACAUCGAUCAAUUCGUUUGUGUCCUUAUUACGAUUAGUGUGCAAUCGAAGUCAAUAUACGUAUGUAUACACACACACACAAACACACAAACACACGUAUAUAUAAAUACCUGUUACAAGUUUUUGCCUAAAUUCAUCCCCCCUUGAGAUCCCAUAUGCUUACCGAUUGCCUAAGAAUCGAUCGUUGAAACUGUUUCUCGAUCUCGUUUCAAUUUUCUCACAUUAUACGAUUAUUGUAUAAAAAGUAAUAGGAAAAAAAAAAAAAGAAAAAACGAACGCGAAAUAGAAAACGUAUGUAGAGAGUUCGACGAA